GAUGCUGGUGAAGAAUCUCAGGAAAACAGUAAUCAAAGAAAUGAAAUACAUUCUCAAAUUCCGUCUCUAGUACCCACGAUUUCGUCUGAUAUUUUCAAAUUGCCAUCACAAAAAAUCUUAUUGAUGGAAAGGAUUUCUUUUGGAUCCAGAAAAUUUGUCAUAUUGGAUUUUGGAAUGCCUAUUCUUCUAACAGAUUUAUUCAUUCCAUCAGUAGCGGAAUUAGCAGCAAUUUCUAUAGACGUAUGGCUCCUAGGUGAAAAUGUUGAUGGGCAACGACUACUGAUGACAACGGAUAUAUGUCGCAAAAGUAUCGCUGUACAAGAUCUGCAACCUUUUAUGCGAAUAAGAUUUGUAAAGAUAACGUAUGUUGGACGGCAACUUUAUAGUGCAGCCUGUAAAAUUCCACUAGGACUCUUUUUUGGACAUCGUUACUUCUCAUCAUGGCAAAUUUAUUCAUAUCCAUUUAUACAAAAAGAAUAUCUUGCUAACUGUAUGCCAUCCAAUCAACAAAAGAAGAUCGUUGUUGCCUUAAAUAAUUUGCGUCAGCUCUGUGAAGAUUUACGAUGCAGGCAUCAGCUUGUGAGUGCAGAACUGCAUCGUUUGGUGGAUGAAUCUGCUUCUGAAGAAGAAGUAAAACAAGUUUACCGUGAAUGCAUCCAACUGAGUCUGCGGUGGAAUAUUGUAGUGGGUGUGGUGCGCCGAUUGGAGUUAGAUUACUUGUCAUCAUAUGAUUGUGAUCAGAAUUUGGAGAAAGCUCUAUGCGGAAGCUGGAGUGACUGCUGUCCAGAUCAAUUGCAAAUUAUUGCAGUCGAGCUCUUUGCUUUGGUCACUCGAGCAACUCAUUUGAUUGAUGUUCGGACCGUUGCAAUGGAAACAUUUACCAAUGAUAGCAAGGCUGCUAUUCAGGUUAUUAGCAUUAUUGGUGUGCUCAAUUUAAUUCCUUAUUUGCAGACCUGCUAUCCAAGUGAAGCAAAAUAUGCUCGAAUAAAAUGUAAGGAGACGUUGGAAGUAAAUUUGUCACUUCCAUCAACUGACGAGAUUGUUUUGCAACCGAAGUUCGGUCUCGAUGAUGCUGUUACUCUCUUCGUUUUGUUUUGUGUUCCAGCCGUACCGAGAUUACAGGUGGGAUGUAUCACUUGGCUAUUUCACCACGGAUCCGAAAGUGAGUGGUGGCCAUUGUUCUUUCCUCGUGUUCUAAAGGAAAUUUUUUCCGCGCAGCUCAAAAAGCAUGAUCGCAAGAUCUUUUUACAACUGUCAUUUUUGUGCAAUCAUUCAGUGAAAUCUAGCUCAAAACAGUCUGCUAUUAUCCUCGAACUUUUCAAUCUCAUCAAAGAAAUAGCUGUGGGUGCUCUGGAUAAUGAUACAACCGAUUAUCAUUGUCAGAAUAAUUUGGAUGUCACCUUACUUUGUUGGUCUCUGAUGCUUCUUUCGAGCGCUUUUGAUGUCAUUGCUUACAACAAAAAGAACAACCGUUGGGCAUUCAUUGGAGGUGAGUAUUCGCGAGUAAUGACAUCAAACGAAAAGGAUGAUUCUAUGUCUAGAUGGCACAAGAAGAAGUUGAAGUUCGGGAAUAGUGACGAGAAAACCACAGAGUCCUUAAAAAACAUUAGCUCUGCUACUUUGAAAACUCAACUCGAGACAUUGUGGGAGAAGCACUUAAAGGUGAUGGAAGCAAUGAAAGCAAAUAUGAAGAUAUCUAAGACAUUAAAUGCCAAAAUGCAAAAGAAAGUUGAAUUGGAGAAGAAAAUCCGUGGUUUAUCCCCACCUAGUAAAAUGGGUCAUUCGGUUUUCGCUGAAACGGAUUUCCCAACAGAAUUGACAGAAGAGCUGCAUGCGACUUUGUUGCCAUUCCUCGGUGAACAACAAAUGGAAGAAAUUUUGGCAAAAAAGUAUGUUCAUCAACAAAAUUCAGAUUUGAAGACAUCGGCUGAUUCUUCUGAAUCAGCUUUGAAAAAGGCAAUAUCCAUGGCAAGCAAAAGUAAUUCGCGACCUCGCUACAGACAAUAUAAUAUUCGCUUGAAACUUCCUCGCGAACCAUGUGUUGAUGUUGCUCGAAAAUUAAUCACUUUGCUCUGUGAUUUUGAAAAGCAACUUCCAAUAUUAGCGAAAUUGAUAAUAUGUAAAGUUGUUGCACGGAUAUGCAUUAGCGCGUCUCAUCAUACCAUUCCUUUGAUUUGCGUUUUGGAAGAUCCAAUUGAUAAACUGAUAAGAAUUGGAUUGGAGGAGCAAGGGACUGGUUUGCUGAAAUAUGCAGUCUUACACUUAAUUUUAGAUGUUAUUGAAGCAGAAUCACGUGCCGUCCCUAAAUUAAAUGUAUCUUCCAAAAAUCAAAUUUUCACGAAGACUAAAGAUUCAAAGACAUCUGAAAUAUCAGAGGAGCUUGAUUUGCUUUGCAUGCGUCAUACGGGAUGUCAUUUUGCUGAUAUCAUUCUUCGUGCAAAAUCCGAGAAUGAAGCAGUGGAGGACGUGAAAGAACGAAAAUCAACUGGCAUUACGGCGGCUGUAUGUUGCCUUCCGGAAGCUUUUUGCGGAGCAAAAACUUCUCGAUCCUUUAGCAUUGCGAACUAUGAUGAGCAACCCGACUUAGGAUCUGAACUACUGGAAACGCUGAUAUAUCAAAUUUUGGUAAAUACCAGACAAGCAGUGGUACCAGACGGUCCCAGUGGUAAAAUUCGAAGCCAUACUUAUCAGAGGAAAGCUAGGGAAAUGAUCAAAGAAAGGCUUGCAAAAGGUGAACGAUUUUGUUACGUGUUUCGCUGGAUUGAUGAUCUUCUGGAAGCCGAGGAGCAAGCUGCGCGUUCCUGUGACGGUGAUCUAGAAUCAUAUCUGGAAAUAAUGGAAACUCAAAUAUCAUCAAAUACAACAUAUGAAGGAUACACGACUACAUCAAAAUCAGCGUUUAUUGCUUGUUGCAUAUCAGAAUACAUGCGCUAUCUGAAUGUCAAAAGAAGCGAUGAAUCAAUUGAUGGUCUCGUAUCUUCAUCACCGGUAGCUGAACAAGGAUCCAGUUCACCUUCGGCUCCUGAAUCGCCGACGCUACCCACGGCCGAUGUAGAAAUGAAGGAAAGUGAACAUAAAACAGCUCAGAACGAUGAAGAUAUGGAUGUGAUGAAAAAUACAGUUGAUUUUGCAGAUAAUGUUUCUGCAAAAGCUGCAGCGGAUUCUAUCUUUGAAGUUGAACACUUAGAAACACAGGAUUUAUUCAACUUUGUAGUUCGACGUGGAGAAGCUUCCAUGGAAACGGAGCCGUGCUGUUCAGCUUUUUCUGCCUUUUCGGAAAGUAAAGUAAAGAGAGGCAUGGAAAAAUGGGUGCCGGUGAAAUGGAUACCAAAAAUAUCCGUAAAUAGGAAGAUUUAUGUGGAACAUAUAAUGGCUUGCUUUUUAGGUGAAUUACGAUUGGCAAGAAAUGACAUCCUGGUGCAGCCUUGUUCUUUUGUGUAUCCUGAUCAUUUGACACAGCAUUUAGGCUUAAAUCAACAUGUUCAUUGCAUGAAUAUGGAUUUCCUUGCUGACGUUAUCACAAGAUAUUCAGUUCGAGAUUUGAGUAGGUGGAGAGCUUGUUUAUUGUCUCGUCCUCGAUUACCGGAAGAUGAAACGAUGCGUGCGAAACUUGGAGAAACAAUGAAUGCAACUAACUCUGCUCUUGGGCGAUUUAUUCAAUCCAUUUCACCUACUGAUUCUAAUGAAUCCGUGCAACAACUUCUUACCUUUUGCUUGGAUUUUGAAGCUGGUCUCAUUCAUUCAACGAAGAAAUUGCCAGCAGUUGGCAAAUGCAUACUUCCAGCUGAAAAUAUAACUUCCAUUGUGAACUUUGCGGUAGUGUCGAAUUCACUUUCUCAACAUUUAUGGGUGCUUGUGUUACGUAUUUUGGAUCUCAUAGUCAAAAAUGAUUCCAUGGCCUCAGCUCUUCUGAUUGGUUCACCUCUUUUUUGCAAGUUAAUUAAUAAUUUCUUGGUAGAAAGUAUUGCAAGAGUUAACCAAUCGUUAACAACUGGUCCUUCAACGUUGUGUGCCUUCAAGAAUUUUAUUACACGACUUCAUGAAUCGCAUGAUAUAUCUCUUCGUGGUAUUCUUUGUGUCAAAAUUCUCACUGUUCUCAAGGAUAUUUUUUCACAGCAGGUUGAUUUGAUUAAUUUUUCAUAUCCAAUCGAUUGCUUAGUUGAAUUAUUGAAUGUUAUGACAAAUUAUGCAUCAGAUUAUGUCAAUGUGGCACCACAAGAACUUGCUGGGUAUAUAUCGUCAUCAAUUCAUACGGCACGAAAUUUCAUCCAUUAUUACAAGACUUCGGGCACUUACUCGCUAGUUUCUGCUGAUUCAUAUCUUCGACCGAAUAUAUGCUUCCAAGUUACUCAAAAGAUACCGAUCAAUGUGCAGCAUGCAUGCGAGAAUGCAGAUUUUCCUCAUUUUCCAUAUAUGCCAGAACUGUGGGGACAAUACGGCCCACAUUACGCACAGCUACCUGAUUUUGUUGAUCCGAAACGACCACCUACAUCUCGCAGUGAUUCAUUGAGUCGUUUUUCAUUGCCUCCUCGCUGGCAAAAUCAGUCAAAUAUGUUUCGUCAGGUAAUGCUAAAUCAGGUUGUUUGUUACUUGGAUCAUUCAAGCGAAGUGUCAGAUUAUUUAUUGGGCAGUUUCCCAAGUGCAAUCGAGGAACUGUUUGAAAUUGUGGCAACAUGCGAAAGUGCUGUUCCGGAUGUAAAUUUGAUUUCUUUGCAGGACUGGAAUCACAUAACCUUGGGCGAUCACGCCCUGUCAAUGUUACUGAAAGUAUCACAACGAGUAUCACGCGAAACAAAGCGUUUGUUCGAAAUAGCUGUGCAAGUAAUAAAACGCUGUGCUAAUUCAUCUAUUUACUCACUUUCAAAGCCGCUUGCCUUUGCAUUUGUACAAAUGCUGGGACUUAAGCAUAAUCAGAUUUAUUUUGCUGAACUCGGAGGACACUUAAUUGUGGCACGUGAAUUGGAACGUUCUAUAUUGGCUUCAGCAAAUGAUUGGACAGCUCCAAUUUCUGCACCUCUUAUGCGUCAACUUGCUUCACUAUCCGCUCAAGUAGCUGGUAGUAGUGAUUAUGGAUGGCAAACAUCGAAGCUGCAGACUGAUGUACAAGAUGAUGGAUUGUAUAAUUACGCACCACUCUGUACGAUAAGCUCUGAGCAAACACCAAACAUUAGUGGACAAUUGUUAUCCUUGAUUGCGGUUGCUGCACCGCGUCGUACUCGAUCCGCUAAUUGGAGCUAUCAUUUUAAUGAAGGUAGCGGAGAAUGGUUCGAUAUUACCCUAAAUCUUCCAUAUCACAUAGUUUUGCAUGAAGUACAAAUUCGACCUCAUGUUCCUGCCUUAAGCACAUCUCCAUCAGCCGUUCAAGUUGAACUGUGUUCGGAAACAUCCCUUACGCAGUGGUGCAGUCUUGGCGCUCCAUUGAGUACUACUGGAUACAGCAAAAUUCGCAUUUCAACAGACUCAUACAAACUUCCCGUCAUUGCUGUAUGCGUGCGUCUUUAUUUUAAAAAGCCACCAGAUUCAACAAAUUUAUCCCUUUCGCAAAUACUGUUGUUGGGGAUGAACUUCACUACUUCAUUGUCAUAUACAUAUCCAAAAAAUACAGACUUCGUACAGUGGCUUUCCAUCAUGGUACAACUAUGUCAUCUUGAGAAAUAUUGUAUUUGGCAAUAUGCUCCGGAACUUCCACGUGCUGUCGUAGCGCUCUUUUUGGGUCGACCGUUAUCCAGCCUAGUUUACCACCGCAUUUCAGAACUCUUUUGUCAGAUUGAUCACGAACGGGCAAAGCCGUAUUCAAUCGUUGAAUUGAUUUUUCAAUACAUAGAGCAAGGGAAUACUGUUACCAGCGAAUCCUUAGAAUGGCUUCCAAACCUGCUUUUUACGUUAUGUGCGCGAAAUUCAUCACCGAUAAGCGAUGGCACUGUCAGAGUACAAAAUAAGCAUCGAAUCUGUGUCGUAAAGCAGUAUCAAGUUCUUCUUGGUGUUACUUCUGUUAUCACUUCGCAAAAUUAUAAAAAGCCACUCCGGGAUGUUGCUGCAGUUUUGAUUUGGACUGCCUCUUGUAUUUUAUGGCAUAAUAUCAAUGUGGAAGAGCGACGUUUUGAUACGUUAGCACUGUGCAUGGAUUUAACGCCACAGCUACUUCCGUUCCUGUGUGAAAUGGCAGUGGAUGUAAGUGAGCAGUGCAAUGAUACGUUUGCAAAAUCGGCAUCUUGGUUGUUGUGCUCUUUGAUGCGUGGUGCACCACAUUUUCUGCGUAAUGCAUUGAAAGAGAUCGGAUUAUUAGAUAUGAACGAUAAGCCGAAAAGAGAAGGUGUUACCCAGAAUGCAUUUACCGUCGUGCAACGAAUGUGUCAGUCAAGGACGAGCAUAUCACAGCUUCACUCCUUUGGUCUCCUACAAUAUUGGAUCGAAUUGGUUAUUAGUUAUUGCGAAGAAACAAGCAUGGAGCAUAUGUCAAUGUUAGUUAGCAUAGUUCGGUGCUUAGCAUCGCUAUGUUGCAUCGAGGAUGUUGUCAAAUUCUUGGAUUUCAUAGGUGGUUCACGUUUUUUUAACUCUCUUAUAAAAUGUGUCGUUCGAUGUGCUGCUUCACCUGGAGAUAUGACUCGUACAUCCGGUAAACAAAGCAUCAAAUUAGAGGACGCUACUGUCAGUUUGCUUUCACAAUGUGUUACUGUUGGUGGCUCACAUCGUCAGCGCAUAGCUCACGUUUUAUGUUCCUUGUUAAAAAGUACCGGUAGCUUCAAUGGUGCAAUUCAACAAAUGGUAUUGAAAUGUAUUUUCGACGAUGAGAUGAUUCCUGUGAAAGCAAUCGAUGAAGAUACUUCAAUUUGUUUCCUGUCAUUUGACAUUCCAAAUCGUAUUUUGCAUCCAUUCUUUGGCUGUACGCGGAGGGAACGUUUCUUGAAAGUAUCUUUAUAUACCUCCAUGGAUGAGGUUUGUGCUCUGUGUGAGCAUAAAAACACAAGUGAUUUUCGGCAGCUCGCAAAAAUUGCUGCACCACUAGAUGAACUGCAUCACUUCUCAUCUGUUGUUAACAGUCAAGAUCUGACGACAGCUUUUCCUCCUUUCAAUUCUUCACGUCUAAUGGUUCGAAGUUGUAAUGGUUUAGCCGAAAUGAUGGGUGAUUGGAAGAUUGGGCAGUUACUCGGAGAUUUAUUUAUUUCCGGACGUUUAACGUCUUCGGCCUGGAAGCAAAAAAUAGCCGGUGGCGAUACAGCAAAAAAAGCAGUUGAAGAUAGCGCUGAUGGCUAUUACACCGUUGCUCUUUCGUUUAUUCAACGCUCAGGUUUAACAGGAGAUGCUAAUACCGUGCUAUGUCAUAAGUCAGAUGUAACGCUCACGGAACAAACAUCAACCUUGCAAUACUUUGCACGUGCUAGUGGUCUUGCACUUUUAGCGCUGCAUUUGCAAGUACAUCAUCCAUCAUUCAACUCUCCUACCGUCAUUUCUUCAUUCAGGGACUCAAAAGUGAAAUCAGCUGAGCAACGAUGGCUAAUAGAUUCAUCAGAAACGGUAGCUAUGAACGAAAUGUUACCAUCCAGUUAUGCCUGUCCAACAUCAAUUUUUUCUUCGCCUGAUCUAUCGGCGGGGGAACCAGUAUACAGUACGUUAUAUGUACCCGUUUUUGGUAGUGAAACCGAUCUGGGUCCAAGCUACGAGGAUUUCGAAUACAUCGAUUCGGCUGCUCCAGGAGAAGUAAAGGGAUGGACAUAUUAUCCAUUAUUCUCUCAAACAGAUAAUUCCGGAACUCAUGCAACGCCUAAAAAACUACAAAAGAUUGGUUCACAGCCGUCGAAUCAAGCUCUGUCGCCACAUGUGGUCGUCUCUUUUAGCUUAUUCUUAAGACUGGAAGGUUAUGCUGAAUUACUGGUAACAUACGAUCGUAAACGUGCGAAAGGCCUUCUGCGACUUGCAAUGGGCGUUAUCACUUCUGAAGCGUCGCUUGUAAGCAAGCCGCAAGUGUUGAAACCAGGUGUAUUUCACAGAGCUACCCAGUCACAAUCCCAAUCGAAGCAGAAGUCGGAAUGCGAAAAUCUUGGUUCAUUGCCUUUUAUUGUUCUAGGAGAAUUAUUCAAUAAAUAUUUACCCUCUACAGCUGCUGGAAAAUCCUUGCGGGAAGCUGCAGUAACCAAUGGCGUUUUAGACGUUUUGUUAGAUUGUUUGGCCCAUUAUACCCAUCAAAAACACAAGGAAAAGUCUAUCCGGCCAUCGUCAUUUCCGCCAGCUCCUGAGACGGCUGUUUUGGUUGAGCGCUUGUUGCGAGGCUCGAUGGAACAGGAACAGUCAUUGAGCGAGGGAACCAACCUUGGCCUCCGCGCAGAAGAACGUAUGAAUAGUUCUGGAAAUGCUGGACCAACAGCAAGUUCUGCUUCGAAUGCUACACAACAACACAGUUUUUGGGCUAAAGGUACUGGUUUUGGCAGUGGAACUACGCAACAACAGUGGAAUGUUGACUUACAUGUCUUAAAGCGAAAACAGGACGAACAAAAUGUAACUCAUCUGUUAAGGGUACUUUCAAGCUUUAUAUAUCCUAAAAUUAACGAGUAUUUGGAAGCGGAAAAGAGUCGAGCAAAUAAUAUCAGUGGAAGUAAUACAGUUGCUCCACUAGCAUCUUUGGAUUCAGAAGAUAUUGAAGCACAUAGCAGAAGCCAGAGUAUAUCACCAAUGUCUAUGUCAGAUUCAUUGAUGCCAGGACCUUCAUCGGGAUAUGAAUCACUUAAUUCAGCUAUUUCAUCAACUGUGAAAUGGUCCUUGAGCUCAGUUGUAAUUAAAAUGCUCUCUCGUUCCUGUUUAUUACCAGCUAUUUGGGCGUACCUUAGAAAUGAUUCCGUCUUGGAUAUAUCUCAGCACGUAGAAUUGUAUGAAUCAGUUAUGCACAUAGUAGCAGCAUUGGCACUGAGUCCAAAGUCAACAGGUGGAAACAAAGAAGAUGAGAUUACUGCAUUGCUUUCUGAACCAGAAUCAGGGUGCUCAAUGAACGCAAUGCUAAAGAAGCUGUUCGACUGUGUUUCUGCGUAUCUUACUAGGCUUGCUGUUGAAUCAAACGAAACUAGAUUGCAAAAUCUAAAUAUUCAGCAAACUGCUGAAAGCAAUGAAGAAUCAACGCAAACCCGCGAAGAAGGUCUCAUGCGACUUGCACCACUGAUCACCACAGUUUAUGUGGUUCUUUCGAAGCGAGUGAAAGAAUUACCUGUGAAGUCAUUGAAUAUUGAAAAGGAUGCAGUUACUGAAGAAGAAAGAUAUAUGAAAAUUAUGAAGGCUUUGCAGUUUGAUACAAUAUCAUUCUUCGCAGAAGGUUCAUUCAUUCCAUAUCAUUAUGAAAAUUCGCUUUCCUCUGUUGGAACUAGCAGUUCAAUGGGGAAACGUACCAGACGUUUGGCGCAAGAAAUUGUUACAUUGAGUAAUUCACUGCCACUGAGUUUAAGUAGUUCUGUUUUUGUUCGUGCUUGUGAAGAACGACUGGAUGUCAUGAAGGUGUUGAUCACGGGUCCAGCAGAUACUCCGUAUAUGAAUGGAUGUUUUGAAUUUGAUGUUUGGUUUCCAACCGACUAUCCAAAUUCACCUAUGCAUAUAAAUCUUGAAACGACUGGCAAUCAUACUGUUAGAUUCAAUCCUAACUUGUACAAUGAUGGGAAAGUAUGCUUGUCGGUACUAAACACAUGGCAUGGUCGACCUGAGGAACGAUGGAAUCCAGAAACUAGUAGUUUAUUGCAGGUGAUUGUAAGUGUGCAGUCUUUAAUCUUGGUAGCGGAACCGUAUUUUAACGAACCAGGAUACGAAAGAUCAAAAUGUACUCAGGCAGGACAGCAGGCGUCGCGAGAUUAUGAUGCUAAUAUUCGGCAAGCAGUGGUGAAAUGGGCUAUGCUUGAAGUGAUACGGCACCCUCCACCAGCUUUCGCAGAUAUCGUGAAAAAGCAUUUUUGGUUGAAACGGAAGGAAAUAUUAUCACAGAUAUCCAAAUGGAUUUCUGAGAUGGAACAAACAGUGAAACAACAACGUGGAAGUGGGCGGAGCAUUCACAGUCACCUCGCUUCUUUAAAGAGGCAUGCUGCUGCAUUGGAGGAUGAAUAUCGACGGAUGGAAUGUCCUGCAGAUCUUCAAAAUAUAAAUGUCUCACUCGCUCACCAAGCAAGUAUCUCUGAAAACAUACAGGCUGAUCUAACGAUGGGUGAACAACAGCCACAAGGUUCGGAUGAUUCGGCACAGAUACCUCACGACAGUUUGAAGAGCCUCUCAGUGAUGAAGAUUCUCAAACUAUGA